UGACGUAUGCUACUAGGAGGCUAUGUUUUAUCUGUACCCUCACAUAUUUCUGGCCCACCCACACUUUGUUGAAUUUUGAUAAGAAAAAUAUUGGUUUGUGUUCAUCGUAAGCACGUAUCGUUGCCAUAUUUACUACAGUUAUGGUUGUGCGUCGAAACAAUUCGCGCUGUGAACGUGAUUUCAGUUCUUUCUCUAUCGUAUUGUCAAUGUGAAACGAGUGUUUGCUGUGGUUUCGUCAGCGGGUGUUAACACCAGAAACAGUUACGUGUUUUGCAAUUAAUUCGUCCGCCCACUCGACCGUCGGUAGAAGCGGGUGUACGCGGCGUGCGUGAUGAUACUGGGUGCUAGAUAGUGCAGUUGAUUUGGGACAGAUUCGGAUAUGUCGCUCCAGAAAAGUGUUAAAAGUGCCGGAGGGGAUCGCAGCGAGCAGGCGGACACCACUUCUAUAUGUUCCUCGGUGACCACCCAGCCUGACAGGCAUGGGUUUUUCGGAGGUGCUCAAUACAGUCCAGAGCCCAAAAGGACCGUGUCUCCGAGUACGAUACUAAAACGGGAGCAGAAAUGGCUGCGCAUGCUCAACAAGUGGGAGGCCUUCAUGAGCAAGAACUAUAAGAAAGUUCGGGAGAGAUGCAGAAAAGGUAUACCUGCAUCAGUCCGUCCCAGAGCGUGGCUUUACCUUUGCGGCGGUGAACUCCUCAUGAAGAAGCACCCCACAGAGUACGAGGAGCUGCUGGCGGCACCCGGCGAUCCGAAAUGUAUGGACGACAUCAGGAAAGACCUGCACCGACAGUUCCCCUACCAUGAGAUGUUCAUCAGGGAAGAAGGACCAGGGCAACAAGAGCUAUUCUCAGUCCUGAAGGCGUACUCCGUGUUCAACCCGAAGGUGGGCUACUUCCAGGCGCAGGCGCCCGUGGCGGCGUUCCUGCUCAUGCACAUGCCCGCCGUCCAGGCCUUCUGGUGCCUCGUCAGCAUCAGCGACAAAUAUCUCAGCGGUUAUUAUAACCCUGGCUUAGAGGUAUUACAACGAGACGGCGACAUCCUGCACGCGCUCCUCCGCCGCACGGCGCCCGCCGUCCACCGCCACCUCGUUAAGCACAAAGUAGAGCCCGUCCUGUACGCUACGGAAUGGUUCCUAUGUGCCCUGACACGCACGUUGCCUUGGGACAGUCUUCUGCGUCCCAGGGACUGCUUCCUUUGUGAAGGAGUCGAGGUUCUAUUCAAAGCGGCCUUAGUGAUACUCGCAGGCGCGCUCGGCCCCGCCAAGGUCCGCAAGCGCGCCGCCGGCCUCUGCGAGACGCUGGAGGUGCUCCGCCACCCGCCGGAGAGCAUCCUGGCCGAGGAGUACCUCAUGUACCACAUGCAGCGGUUGGGGCUGACGGAGGAGGACUUCGAAUUCGAGCACCAGAGGCAGACUGCGCGCCGGCGGGCGCUGUCUAAUAGGAGUGGCAGCUGAUUCAGCGACUGUUCCUACAGGCGUUAUUCCAAGAAUAACGCGCGGGACAUAUUCAACACUCUAUGAGCUACCACGGUGCACCUGACGCGACAUGCGAACUAUUUAGUGUAUGAUAUUGAUAGUGAAUAUAGUGAUAGUGUUGUGACUGAGUGCUUUCGGAUAACGGUAUGACGUUUCAGUUACUUUUUUCUUUAACGUUUUUAACGCGUUAUUUCCGUUAAAACAAUAGUGUCUAAAGGCUCUAAACAAGCUACCAUCUUGUUUAUGGAUUACUUGUAGUCGACAAUAUAUUUUAUUUCUAUUGUUUUUUUUUUAUAAAUUCUAGUUCCUUAUUUCUAUUUAAAUUUAAUUUUUAUUUAACGAUCCGGAAUUGAAAUAUAAAAAUAUAUUGGAAAUAAUUAUUUGAAUGUUUAAAAGUAGAGGGUCGUUUCCAGUCCUCUAUAAAGUAAGUUGUUUUUGACUAUUACUAUUAAAAUUAUAUUUUCUCGAAUCUUUUGAUGUUUGUGACAUAAUAAUGAUGAGUGUGUGCAAUAAAAUUGAAGUAAACUUUGUAUUGCUCACAAAAGCUAUAUUUUGUUCAGUAUUCGUUUCAUAUGUAUUUCUUCUUCUUCUAUAUAUGUGACAUUAUCUAUGAAAAGGGACCUUAUUGUCGAUGGC